AUGCUCGGUGGCCAGCGUCACUCAGACGGUCACGACGACCCUGUCUGUAGCUACAUGUUCCCCAGUCGCCACUGUUGGUACUAUGAAACCAAUGUCAUGACAAAUGAUGUCGAUGAGCGCCAGACACACAUGAUACGUCUCCAACGUUCAACCUUGUUCCUCCGUCAUAGAUCAGCAGCAAUAUGUUCGAUGUUCGACGCCAGCAUAGGUGAGUCUUCUUCCCAAUCGCACUUCGCUUCAGUAUUUUGA